GCGGCCCCGGCACCGGCACCAUGGUGAAGGAGGAGUGCAAGGCGCUGCUGGACGCGCUCAACAAGGUGACCGCCUGCUACCGCCACAUGGUGCUCACCAUCGGCGGCACCUCGGACUCGCAGAACCUGCGCGAGGAGCUCAAGAAGACGCGGCAGAAGGCGCAGGAGCUGGCCGUGGCCAACAGGAACAAGCUGACCGCGGUGCUGAAGGACAAAAGCGUGAGUAAGGAGGACAAGGCCGAGUUCGAGCGGCUCUGGGUGAUUUUCUCCACGUGCCUAGAGAUCCUGGAGAUCGACAUGAGGAGAGCCCUGGAGCUGGGCCACGAGUUCCCGCUGAACGUCCCCAAAAAGCACCUGAUUCAGACAGGCAUGAGCGGGGGAACCUCUGGCGUGGCCGCCAGGGCCAUGAGCGUCCAGAACAUGAAGUACGAGGCUGAGCACAAUAUAGACGUGGUGGAUUUGAAAGACCUAGAAAACGAGAUCAACCAGGUGGGAGAGAUGAUGUACGAGAUGGAAAUGAAGGUCAAUGUCCCGCAGUGGACAGUGGAGGCUAAGCAGGACCCUGGGGCUGAACUCAAAUCCACCAUGAGCGUGGGCGCUUCUUCCAUUGGCAUGAUCUCUGUGGAGGAGAAUAAAUCCUUCUGCGAUAUCAGCAAAGUCCUGGCUGGGAUCAUUUUCUCCGCCGUGCUCAUUAUCGCUAUCGUCCUGGCAGUGUGCGUCGUAAAACUCUCCUAGGGGCUCUGCAGAGCUGCCCCUCUCGAGUCGGUCUCGAGCGUUUCAUGCCUCACAGUUCAUUUUGAAACGGGUCGCUUGGAUGAGCUGAGAAUUCAAACCUAGCACUUGAAAAAGCAAAACUUCUGCCUCUCAAAACCCUAAAUACAUAUUUUGUUUUUUUUUUUUUUCUGAUAUUUCAAGGGAAAAGGUGCAAAUUGGACUGCAGAAUAGGAUGUAUUUAUUUGCUGGAUUUGCAAUGGUUAACUCUGAAGUAUCAGGGUAUUAUCAGUACUGGCUGUAACAGGGAUUUGUCUGCUAUUAAUAGAAGACUCUUCUCAGAAGCCUGUAUUUUUUUGUUCCUGCUAUUUGCUGCUGGUCAUUGUUUACAGUAUUUGAGAGUAGCAUGAAUUUGGAGGCCAACAAAGGUGUUUUGCCUGAUGAAGUGAGUAGGAUGUCUGGAGAUCUGUCGUGAAACACACAAGACACUGUAGAGGAGGGUAAGGAUGAAAACCCCAGUGAUUAGUGGCUGGGGCAGAGGGAGGUGUGGAGGAGGAUGGAGGAAGCAGAACAAGCAAUAUUUAAUACCAAAUAUGUUUAGAUUUAGCCUGGAUGGUACAGAACCCAUGGGUUGGGUACAGUUGCAUGGGUUGGUACAACAUAUGCUAAUGACUAAUGGCUUUCCAGAUCCAGGGAGAAAACACAGGGACUUGUUUAUUUAGAAAAAUACUAACAAGACCCUUGUUUCUAUUCCACGUUUACCAUGACUUUUAUCUUCCCCUGCAGAAAGGCUCAUUCUUAUCAGUGGUUCAAAUUAUUUUUUUUUCUGUAGAAGCCAACAGUUUGAACUUUACAGGCAGCUCUGAAUCUACCCAUGGCAGAGGCAGACCUUUAAAAAGAUCCAAAAAACUCUCUCAUGGUGGCAGGCAGGGCCUUAAAUAUGUGCAGUCACAUUUUUGCAAGCUCCUGAAUUACUUGCAGAAGAACAUAAAAAGCUUAAAAGUUUUGUCCAGUUAAUCAUUUGGGGAAGAGGAACCCUGGAGGACUGAACCUGUAGCUGGCCCAAUUAAUAUGAUAUACUGAAGUUUUGGGAGGAAAAUGCAAGAAUGGCAUAAAAUCUUGACAGUUUUAUGGGGGAAAAAGAAUGUGAGAACUGACACUGACUUUGCAGAGAAACUUUAUAAUGUUUUAUUUAAGGACCUAUGUAUUAUGCUUUCUGUUACGUAAUUUAUGGAAAUUUGUUCUGUUACGUGAACACACAUUCCCCAUUCUAGAAUGGGUAAAUAUAUUCUGUGCAUAUUUUAUAGUGCCAUAGAAAUAUGGGGCACUCUACAGACAAAUAUAAAGACCCUGUAAUACAGGUUUUUUAUUAAGUAGCUAUUCUGAUGCAUUAUUAUAGACAAAAUACUAAAAAUUCAUAUGUAUGUGGUGAAGUUACUAGUUUAUGCUUGUUAAACAAAAUCAUAUUGACAGCAGUCUUGAGGAAGAGCUUUUUUUUUGAGUUGAGAACUAACCAUAAUUUGAAAAACUGCAGCAAACAGCUUUCUUCAAAACUUAAGGGAAUUGGAUUUGGGGAGAAAAGGUUGUUAGAUUUGAAUCUAGUCACUUGUAGGUGGGAAGAUGUAAUGCGGCAUGGGGGCAGAACCUAAGUUUAUAAAAUACCAUUCCUGGGAAGGAUAAUGUGAGCUCUGCGCAUUGGCCCAGUCAAGGCUCCGUUCUUUUGGGAAUUCACACUGUAAUAAGACUUCACACACCUUUCUUUCCUAUCACUCUAUAGGAUGUGUUUGGUAUUUAGCAAAUUUAGAGUUUUAGAGAUCCCAAACAACAACUAAAAAGUCAAGUCUGCAUUUACUGGUUCUACUGUUCUAAUAUAUUCAGACAUAGGCAUGAUUAAAUCGUCUGGUGUUGACCUUUAUGCGUGAAGAUCUCCUUCACAAUCAUUUUGAGUAAAUAUAUUGACACAAAACACAACAGAAGUUGUAGAAAAUAUACGCAUUUGGAUUGCUAUUGUCAGUCACUAAGAAUUUGUAUUUUCACUGUCUGCAUCCUCCUGUUAACUUAGUCCACACAAAGGUAGAAGAGAAGUUAGAUUCUCUACUGUGCUUCUUAAACAAUCCUUUUGAGUCUGGAUGAUUUAACUAAAUGUUCUGAUAACGUAAAUAAUGCAAGUCUGGGUGGGGUGGAUCUGAAGUGGCAACACCUACAGCACUCAUUUUUUAUAUACUUGAAGUAGUAUACUGUUUAACCACGGUUAGCUAUAUAGAAGAUUUUUUAAAAAUAGAUAAUCUCAUCUUCAACAGCAAGCCUUGGUGAUCUCAUGAGCUGUACAUUUUCAGUCUGUGAAUUAUUUGAAUUUAGAAUAGUACAAGACCCCAGGACUUCAAGCAAGUAGCCUAUAAUUAUGUAAAUCUUAUUUCAUUAUGAUUAUCCAUACACAUUAGUAUUUAAAGGAACAGACCUUGAAAAAUUACAUUCUCAAAUCUUCAAAGACGUCUGCAAAUAUAUUCAUCUUUGAUUUGUUCCUAUAAAUCUGUACCAUCUUACAUCCAGGCUAUGCGAAAUUAAAAGAUUAAUUAAAAUGCUAACAGAGGAUUGGCACCAUCUAAAUGGAUAAUGUUCCCAACACUAAUCUUCUAAAAAAACCCACUUGAUAUCAAGUAUACACUCAGUGUGACAGAGCUGAGACAUAGCAGUCAACAAAUUCAAAAUAACAUGAAACCACCAUUGCCUAGAAGUACAAUUCCCCUGAAUUGAUUUUAUCUUACUGUACUAUAGUGACAUCUCCCUUCUAAGGAGCAGGGGUUUUGCUUUGUUUUUGAAAUAAAUAAUUGCUAAGUACAAUUUAUGGCUACAUUUUGGGCUACACCGGCCAUGACAUUCUUUCCACCAAAUGAAUUUUGUCUGUGCUGGAAAUGAGAGCAAAAACUAUACUUACUAUUUUUCACUAUUAUUGUAAGAUAGCUCUGAAUCAUCUCAGAAUAUUCUACUAAAAAGAAUACCAAGAGGGUGGUGAGGCCUCCAAAAUCAAAAGGAUUAAACAUUUUUAUCAAUUUAGCCGUGAAAACACUGGAAUUGGCAAUGAAACUUUCUUUUAUGUGUUAGAAACUGCUGCUUCAAGAAAGAUUGUAAGCACUAUUUUUGCAAGUGAAAAACUGUGAAGUCGUACAUCAAAAUAUUCUGUAUUUAAAUUGUAUAAUAAAGGUACCAAUACUCUGAUGCUGAUCAGUGACUGAGAAUAUCACUGUCUUUUUCACUACAAGAGAAAAUCGUCAUUGCUUAAUUUCAAUCUUGUUCUGCUUCAAUUCUUUUGUCUUCUAAGUUUGUUACAAAUUAAAUCUUAUCGCUGACUUAAAUUACAGGCCCCUUUCAAACUACCAAACUUGAAUGGAGUGAUACAUGUUGAUUUAUACUGCAAGUAAAUCGGUGGUCUUGACAAAUCAAGAAAUAUUUGCCUUAGGAAACCACUACCAUGGGAAUUCAGGAUGACAGGUACGAUGCCUUCAGCACUGCUUAUUCAGUGUUGUUGCCUGGGUUAAAGGGGGCCGCUGCUUUGGAGAUUGAAAGCUGGAGUAACGUACCAGAUUCUUACUGCGUCCAAACUCUGUACUCCUUCAUUCCGCCAAUAUUCCAUUCACUGCAACUAAAGAUGUACGCAAUGUGAGGACUGUGAAACUUGGUUCUGUGAUAUUGAUAGCAACAACUAUC